UAACCCUUUGAUGCAAAACAUGGGUCAAAAGUGACCCGGCUGAGUUUUUAUCUUCUAUAUCUUUGCAAUAAAUUAAUUUCAUCAUUCAGUAUUCUAGGUAUUCCUCAAUUAACUUGUUUUUGAUCAUCAUACAUCCUUAAUUAAUUUUUUCCUUUCUUACUUUUUGAACAAAAACCCUUUUUGUAUCACUACCCUUCUAAUGCACAAAAUGGGUCAAAAACGACCCGCAUUCAUUUUCCAGGUUACUUCAUGUAUGGUUGAGUGUUUCUAUGAUAUACUUUUGAAAUAAAUUAAUUUUAUCAUUUACUUUUCCAGAUAUGCAGUAAAUAUCUUGUUUUUGUUUACCACAAAUCAUCAUUUUUAUUUUUUCUUUCUUAAGUUAUGAACAAGCACAGCUUUUGUAAUUCUACAUGGACAAUGGACAACUUUUUCACCAGUGUCCCUCUGGCUGAGAAGCUCCUCAAGAACAAUCUGACCAUCAUUGGGACUCUUCGCCAGAACAAGCCUGACAUACCAUCUAUCAUGAAGCCAUCCAAAUCACGGGAGCUUCAUAGCUCGGAAUUUGGAUUCCAUGGCAACAUGACCAUGGUGAGCUAUGUGCAGAAGAAAGGAAAGGCUGUUGUCCUACUGAGCACCAUGCAUGAUGACAAAGCAGUGGAUAACAGCAGUCAGAAGAAGAAACCAGAAGUGAUCCAGUACUACAAUAAAACGAAAGGAGGAGUGGACACAAUGGAUCAAAUAGUUAGCAACUACACAUGUCUGCGGAGAACAAGGAGGUGGCCCAUGGUUCUCUGGUACAAUAUGCUGGAUGGUGCCACACUCAAUGCCUACACCAACUUCAGUGCACAACACCCUGAUUAUAUGGGUGGUGCGAAUAAUGCACGGCUACUAUUUAUCAAGGAGCUGGGCAAAGAGCUCGUCAUGCCACAUAUGAAGAGGCGCAUGGAGGGCACACCCAAACUCCAGAAGCAUAUUAUUGAGGCAAUGGGAAGGUGUGGGUUAAAAAAAGACACAGCCACCACUCAGCUACAAGAGGACAUCAGACAGGAGGGCCAAAGGAAGAGGAAGAGGUGCGCGAUCUGCCCAGUUUCGAAAGACAGAAAAGCUAACAGCUGGUGUUCCCAGUGCACUAGGCCGGUGUGCAAGGAGCACAAAAAAUUAGUGAUCAUUUGUGAGGCAUGCAAAAAUUGAGAUGGCAGUUUGUGUUCUACUAAUGUGUUCAGUUGUGUUUUAUUUUGUUUGGUCACAUUUCACCAGUUUACAGUUGUUCAACCACAGAUAAAGUUCAGUGCAAUAGCUGUUAUCUGUUAUCAGGAUUUAUGUGUAUGUGUGAUAAAAUGACAAACGUGUUGCAAGUAUUAAACAAAUAACUGUUUGGCCCCAUUCACUGCUAAAGUAAUUACUUGAAACAUUGUUUUUUAUAGUAUUAAGACAUUUAAUUUUAAAUCACACUUGGAUGACCCAUGUAUAGUACUAUAAAAAUUAUUUUUGUUCAUAAAGUAGGAAAUAAAAAAAAUAAUUAAUGAUCUGUGGUAAUUAAAAACAAUAUAUUUAAAGAAUACUUGGAAUAUUCAAUCAUAAAAUGAAUUGAUUUCGAAACACAGAGCAAAGAAAAACUCAGUCAGCAUGAAAUAACAUGGAAAAUGAAUGCGGGUCAUUUUUGACCCAUGUUGUGCAUUAGAAGGGGUGUACAUAUGUUGUGCAUCAAAGGGUUAA